AUGUUGAGGUCACUAUCCAUUUGUUUGGUUAUUCUAGGCGUGGCCGGUGUAACCCGAAGCAUAUCUACCAAAGUUGACUUUGGUGAAGAAGAAGCUACAGUUGUGAAAAAUACUAGUAAAGAAGACGAAGAUGUUGAAGUGAAACACACUAUAGUUGUUUCUACAAAGCUCAAAAAUAAUAAUCGUAGAGGACUUCAUACGGAUGGUGACUCAGCUGACCUCACACAUUCAAUUGUUGGUAAAAAAGAAAAUAAAGAAGAUAGCGGUGAAGUUCCCGUAUUAAAAGGUUACAGAUCACUUGAAACAACUCAAAUUCGAACUCCAGAUUCUCGUUUUAAACCUACAACAUAUGUUUACCCAGAAUUUGUUUUACAAAACAGACAGGAUGAAUUUGAUUUUUAUCCCAAUUAUGUUGCAAAUCCAUCGCAAUGGAAGCCUACUUCAUUUUUUAAUAAUAUUAAUUCAUGGAACCAAGGUCUAGAUAAUUAUGCCCGCAGUAAUAGGCCAGAUUAUCAAAAAUUUCACAGAAGAGUUUCUAAUGAUGGCGUACGAGAAUUUUAUUGCAGAAAAUGUAGAGAACUCAACGGACCAAGGGGGUGUGUCGAGUCAAAAACUCGUUCUUGGUUAUAUGAGAGUACGACACCAAAAAUUAAAAUAGAUGGAAAAAUAGCGAAAUUAAAC